AUGUGGGUGUGGUCCUACCCUCACCUAAUAUUGUUUAUACUCGCAAGUAUCUAUAAGGUAUCAUGUCAAGAAAAAUCAAGUUUAACAUUUGUAAUCGACAAUACCUAUUCAAUGGCUGAUGACAUAGCGCAAGUGAAGGAGAAUGUUAAUGGGAUAUCUCAAAUCGUGUUUGAGGAGAGAGCUAGUCAGAUAAAAAAUAUGGUGUUAGUUACGUUUAAUGACCCAGCUGCAAGUUUGAUGACAGUGACCGAGGAUCGAAAUUAUUUUAAAGCGAAAAUACACAGGGUAAAUGUGCAUGGAGGUGGUGAUUGUCCUGAGAUGUCAAUGACGGGCAUCCUAAAAGCAUUAGACGCGAGUCUACCAGGGUCUUUUAUUUACGUGUUCACUGAUGCUUCGGCUAAGGAUUACUAUCUAAGCGGCCAAGUCAAAAACAUGUGUCAAAAGAAACAGAGUCAAAUAGUGUUCAUUCUGACUGGCUUUUGUUACAGUCGUGAUGAAGAAAUGUACCAAGUGUAUUACGACAUAGCAACGGCAUGCUCAGGAUUAGCAUUCAAUGUGAACAAAAAUGAAGUCAAGAAGGUACUUGCUACUAUAAAGGAAACUAUAAAGGGCAAUAAAGCAAUGAUAGUUGCGACGAAAACAAAACCUAACAUUGUCGAAAACGUAACGUUUACACUUGAUGAUAAAAUUGAAUAUGCAAUUGUCUCAGCGUCUGGUCAGGACGUCAGCUUAAAAGUGAGUGGGCCAGGAGCAACACCGGAAACAUUAUUGUCUCUUAAGAAUGUGAAGGUAAUAAAACUUAGUGAUCCCACUCCGGGCAAAUACGUGGCGACGGUGAAAGGUAGUUCAGAGACAAGUGUAAACAUUGUCGGUAGAACUGAUUUUUUUUUCCAACAUGGCUUCUCUGAACUUGAGCCAAAGUCUCUCAAAGAUACUACACCACAACCCAUCGCUAAUACCCAAACGCUACUGUCGGUAUCCGUGACCGAUCCAAAACACACAGUUCAUAUAAUAGCGGCUCAAAUCUUAGAUCUAAAAGACAGAAUUGUCAAUUCAUUACUUCUGAGACAAAUAUCUAAGGAUUUCUAUACGACGCAGCCGUUUAUAGCACCCACAAAGAGAUUCAAAAUUGCUGUUCUAGCUAGAGAUGUAAAAACUGGCAAGUAUAUAACGCGUAUAGCGAAACUUUCAAUCACACCUCAAGAACCCCCACGGGUUCUACCCAAAAGCAAAGUACCCGAGGUAACUAUAAGUGAAGGUAAUACCAUUGAGGCUACAUACGGUCAAAGGUUGAAGCUGACCUGCAAAGUAACGGCUUAUCCUGAGCCUGACAUAGAGUGGUACAAUGCGCGCUCAGUUCCAAUAAAGUCUCAGAGAUCGGUGGUAGAGCCUCCUUAUAAGUAUAUUAGUUACUUAGAGAUGUCAAGGGUCGUAAACAAUGCAAGUUACACAUGUCGUUCUCGAAACAAUGAGGGAAACGGAAGUGCGGUAAUAAACGUCAUCGUCAAAGAGCCUUUUGUCGUUAAAUCUGCUAUUAAAGGUAUCACAAAAAUAGAAUAUGGGACAAAGGGUGUACUUAGAUGUGACAUCACAGCUUCGGUACCAAUGCGCAUUCGUUGGUACUCUGUACUGGAGCAAGUAGGCGCUCGUCAGGAGCUUGUGACAUCUGACAAGUACACUAUAUCCAAUGAUGGAACUACACUCACUAUUAACAAAAUGGACUUGUAUAUGGCCAAAACAUACAGUUGCGAAGCAUCUUUGGCUGAAAAUGAACAUAUACGGUCGAUUCAUCGAACACAGGUCCAGAUUAGUGGUUUGACGAUGCCUCAAGUGACAGGCGAUUAUAACAUAAAGGCAGUAAAAGGAUCGUCUGUAGACAUUACAUGCCACGUAACUGGCACGCCAGCACCGACAAUAACUUGGUUAUUUAAGGCCGAGGGUAAUUCGGAGUUCGUGUCAAUAUACGGAUCCCAGAACGUCCUGCAUAAAUCCAGGGUCGAGGAUUAUCACGCCGGCACUUACAAGUGUAUAGCGCGCAAUGUCCUCGGGGAACAGGACCAUCAGACCACACUCCACGUUCUAAUUCCACCUAACAUAGUCACAAGCUCUACCUCUGCUUACACGAGCGUGGAAGGGAAAGACGCUGUGAUGAGUAUCCCUUGCACUGCUACCGGUCUUCCUAAACCAGUUAUCAUAUGGACGGUGGAUGGUGCACGCAUAUCUGAAAGUACGAAGCACUCCAUAAAGGAUGGCACUCUGAUAAUUCGGGAGCCAAAGGUGAGCGACACUGGCUCAUACACGUGCGUGGCACAGAAUGACGCUGGAGCCACUCGCGCAUCCUUUCAAGCUAACAUUUUUCAGACGCCAGAAAUAUCGGGAGAUAAGUCAAAAAUAAUAAAAAAGGGAGAUUCCACAAAAAUUAAAUGCGAUAUUGUCAAAGGUGUACCAAGACCAUCGAUAAAGUGGUACUUCAAAGCUCAAAGUUCCUCAGAAUUUGUACCAUUAACGGGAAGAACGGAAAUGAACAUAGAAAAGGCUGACAAAACCCACACCGGUACUUAUAAGUGUGUAGCGCAGAAUGUUAUAGGCAGUAGCGAACAUUUGACCGACCUCACUGUAGAAUUUGCACCUACUAUACUUUCUGACGAUUCAAGGACACUAACAGGCGUCGAAAGUGACGUAGCUUUACGAAUUCCGUGCGACACAGACGGUGUGCCGACACCAUCCAUUACUUGGAAGGUGAACGGUGAAAUUAUCGUUACAAGCGCAAAAUAUAUUGUAAAUGACGAUGUAUUAAUCAUAAACAAGCCGAACAAGACGGAUUCGAACUCAUACACGUGCGAGGCUAAGAACUACUUGGGACAUGAUAGUGCUACCUUUAAAGUUAAUGUACAAUCUUUUCUUGACGAUUAUGGACCCAAAGAGACAGUGAAUGUAUUACUCGGUAAAGAGGUAAAGCUUGAAUGUGGAUCAACUAAUUCCACUCAAUCGGUUACUUGGUACUUGGAGGGUGAAAACACAGGCAUCAAAGGAAACUACUACCACUUACGAAACGUGCAAAUGUCUUCGGAGGGUAACUACACCUGCCGCGUGAGUGACGCGAGCGGAACCCGCACCAAAACGUACGUGCUUAUCGUCGGCUACCCGCCCGUCUUCUCGGAUUCUGAACCCGAGCCGCUGUACGACUGGAGCGGCAGUGAAAAUGAUGUCUUGGACUGCGAGGCUGAAGCCAAACCGGCAGCGAUCUUCACGUGGACGUAUAACGGCAAAUUGCUGCAAGGGAUGAACUCAUCCAGGGCAGAUGUGGCCGCCAACUGGGGACACUACACAUGUAAUGUGAGCAACGUUCACGGCACUAUCGCAAGGAGUUUCGAUGUCAUUUCUUCUCAUUGUCUCAUAAGCAGGAAACCCGAAAAUAUCAAAGCUAUGCCUCUUAUAUUGAGUCCAACAUCAACUUUUCCUGCGCUGAGUGGAACCACUAAUUACUUAAUAGUCGAGCCUGGAGAAACAGUCAAAUUUUCUUGUCCUAACGCUAAACACAAAAUAAAAAACGAAACUGAGGCAAUCUGUGACAAACAAGAUAUAUUCACAGUUCAAGGUAUACCUCACAAGGUUUCAGAUUUACAAUGUGCUGAAGAAAGUGAUUUUAUCAUAAAAAAUAGACACAUAAAAUGUUUGUCAGAAACAUCUGAAUUAAUACGUGUCGGCUUCGAAGUUCACGGUUUCUUAGAAACAUACGAAGUCUGCUUUGAUGUUUCUAAGAGGAUACCUCUGUUCACCCGUGCUGUCAUGUCGAAAACCAGCGGGGGGCCUGGGACCACGUACAACUGGAAAAAGUACCCUGAAACUGUGGUGGGUACGGAGGACAAGACACUAUACACUUGCGAAAAUUCAAUGUCAACGAACUGCUACAGUAAGACACAGUUGGUGAAUGUUCGUGAUUUUGUUGACGGUCCUGCGCAGAGGAGUACUUUCAUAGAUCCAUUGAACGCAGUCCCAUGUUGGCGUCCUAGCAACAUGGCACAGUCUCCAUGGGACAGUAUAGAGUCUGUGAUCAGAACGCGGCUCAACAUAUUUGACGAGUUCAUCGCCUGGUCUGGUACUCAUACGGUAGAAAAGAUGAAUGGUGGUGUUAUUCCGCGUUAUCUAUGGAAGGUGUUAAGGUUUGAUGAAGAUCAGUCCAUCGCUAUUGUUUACGUGAAUGGUCCAUCGCCUUCUACAGAGGAUAUUUUAUGCAAGAACACGUGUCCCGAUAAGCAGAGCGUGCCGUGGUUCAAUGAAAUCAACAGUUACAUAUACUGCUGCGAAUUGGACGACUUCCUUCGAUCAUUUAAUUUGCGCGACACAACAGUUGGAGAAUCAAUGGAAGCGGCGCUUGAAAAGAUAAUGUCGAAAAAAUACUAA